CUGCUGCCAUCUUUUUCUGCUACUGGCUAGCUAGCUGGGAGCUCUCCAUCUGCAGGAGGAGGAGGAGGCUGCUGCCAACAAAAACAGGCUGUCAAAUCCGAGCACUAGACCUUUGCCGGAGGAUUGGGGGUUUCUCGUUGAAAGGAGGCAGUUAUUAGAAAGGCGAAACGAUGUCUGAUUUUGACAGUAAUCCGUUCGCAGACCCGGAUUUCAGCAAUCCCUUUCAGGAUCCUUCGGUGACCCAGGUGACACGGUCUGCCCCUCCCGGUGGUCUGGAGGAAUAUAAUCCCUUCACAGAUGCUAGAACGGCAGCACCUGGAAAUGCCCCCAAACCUGCUCCUGCCCCUUCCCAGAACACACAACCUGCCAUCAUGAAGCCCACAGAAGAGCCGCCAGCUUAUUCACAGCACCAGACUCAGCAACGUAACAAGGACCAAGCGCGUGCUCAGGCUGAGUUGUUGAGAAGGCAGGAGGAGCUGGAGAAGAAAGCUGCAGAGCUUGAUCGUCGGGAGAGAGAGCUGCAGUCCCACGGAGUAGCAGGAGGCCGCAAGAACAACUGGCCUCCACUACCCGAACGGUUUCCUGUGGGUCCGUGUUUCUACCAUGAUAUUGCCGUCGACAUUCCUAUAGAGUUCCAGAAGACCGUCAAGAUCAUGUACAACCUUUGGAUGUUCCAUGCAGGCACGCUGUUUGUGAACAUGUUUGGCUGCCUGGCCUGGUUCAUCGUGGAUGCCUCUCGUGGGGUGGACUUCGGCCUGGCCAUGCUCUGGUUCCUGCUCUUCACCCCGUGCUCUUUCGUCUGCUGGUACAGACCGCUUUACGGGGCCUUCAGGAGUGACAGUUCGUUCCGCUUCUUUGUCUUCUUCUUCAUCUACAUUUGUCAGUUUGGAGUCCACGUUCUACAAUCCAUUGGCAUCACCGGCUGGGGAACGUGCGGCUGGAUUGCAGCGCUGACCGGUCUGAACACCAGCAUCCCCGUCGGCAUCAUCAUGCUACUGAUUGCAGCCCUGUUCACUGCGCUGUCUGUGGGUUCGCUCAUAAUGUUUAAAAAGGUGCACGCGCUGUAUCGAACCACCGGUGCCAGCUUCGAGAAGGCUCAGCAGGAGUUUGCCACCGGCGUCAUGUCGAACAAGACCGUUCAGACCGCAGCCGCCAACGCCGCCGCCAACGCCGCCACCAACGCCGCCCACGGGGCCUUCAAAGCGCACCCAUAGACGAGACCCCGUUCAAGGCAACACAUGCCCACACAUGUAACCAAACACACACAACAACAACAACAACAACAACAACGAGAGGGAGGCGCCCGACUCUGCUUCCGCCGCCUCUCAGAUUCAAUAGGAUAUGUUCGUGAAUGUUUCCCCUGCACAUCUAUCUUUUGAAGUAACAUAACAGAAGAGUUACCAGAGCUGUUGGUCUUCACCUGAAACCUAACGUCAGUGAAGACUCUACAAAAUCCACCCUCUCCGCUUUGCAGUCAGGCGACUGUCUUGUCACGACCACUAAGUGAUGAAGGGUGGGCUCUAAUUGUGUUUGGGGGGGGGGGGGGGGGCCUCAUCUUGCACACUUGCCCCACUUUUGUGCUAACCUCGUCCUUCUGUCCCCCUGCGAGAUGACCAGGCAGAAGUCUUAACUCUAGCAUAAUUUGUGACGGUGAUGACCUCCGAACAGCUCCCUGCCUGAUGAAUUCAGUGUAGCUAUGAGAAGUCAGACUCUUUUUGCACACGGUUUUAUAUUUUUGUUUUGUUGAACAGCUGGACAUCAGUACGAUGCGAUGAUACACUAAACUUUUUUUUUUUUGUUUGUUUUUUAUCCAGUUUUUGGACAUCUAGGACUUAAAGAUACAUUUUACCUUGUCCUCUAUCUCUGCUAAAUGUAGCAAGAUAAUAACACUCUCAUUACGGAAAAACGGUUUCAUAUUUAAUUUAGUUAAGCAACUCCCCAAGUUUAACUCUGUUAUGCUCUGUGUGCCUUUCGGUUGGGCUGACUCAGCAGCUUAAGGUUAUCCAGCAUGAUGGUAACAAGAAGCAUGCUUGGCACACAGUACAGUUAGGAAAUCUUCAGGCAUCAUUGCCUUCUUUCAGGCGUCACAGGUUGCUGUUUAGGGGGGAACCUCUCUAUUUUCUGAAAAAAAAAAAAAAGAAGUGAAUUACAGUGAUUCAAGCCACAACUUUAACAGCCUGGUGCGUUCAAAAUGGGAAAUGCAUAACAGAUAAAAAAACAAUGUUCCCUUUCAUUUCUGGAUGGCAUUAACUCAUCGCUGCAGUAUGCGAGUCUCCCUCGGUCGUUUUUGUAGCUGUUCUCACUCGUCGGAAAACUAACGCUGCUAUUAACCUUUAGAGCCGCUUGGCCGUGGGCUCUCGCUGUCCUGUUUCCUGUUUAAAUAAGAAACAAAAACGCCACACGUGGAGAGAACAGACAUGCCUUUUCUCUCAGGAGAAAUCUUUUUUUUUUUCUUGACACUAACCUCCGCAUAGAUUAAAGAAGGAAAAAAGAAACUUGAAACUGUUUACACGUACACGUCAUAGGCUAACCGUCUAUCAUUUCAACCGAUUUUCCCUCCAUGUCGGUCGGAAUUGGCCGGCGGUGGAAAAAAAUUGAACCCCAAACAAACACUUAAAGGAACAGGGGACUGAAGUCGACCCACAUUCAGUGCCAUCACCAACACAGUCAUUUAUUCACGCUAAAGUUGUACAGUCUACUGUCACUGAAGUGAACUAUGGAUGUGCUUUUCUUUUUUUUCUUUUAGUUUUAUUUAUUUAAUUUUUUUGUGCUGAAGCACUUCACUUAGUGAACGUGAUUGUCUCAAGAUGUGCAUGAUAGAUGAAUGAUAACUGCUGUGUAAAACAUUAAAUACUCCCAAAAGUAAAUGUUAGAAAGUGGAGGCUCUAUCCUGAAAUAAUAAGCUUAAAUCUUGGCAGUUUUGCUUUUUUUUUUUUUUUUUUUUUUUUUGCUUUUGGCGUUAUGUUUUUUUUUAUUAUUAUUAUUCAUUACACAUUUCUUGUUUUUACAUCAAAGUUAGCGCAAAUAAUGCUUUUAUUUAUGUGGUUAUUUAAGUUGUUUGCAGUAUAGUUUUUUUUUUUUAUUAAUAUUUUGUCUGUGUGAUUGUGUAGAGACGUGGUUAUUGCGACGGCGAGGCUGCAGAAAGUCCUGACUGACCUGCAAACACGUGUGCAUGUGUUAUGAGCGUGAGUGUGAAUGAUCGGUAUGAAAGAAUUCAACUCCCUCAAGUGUUAUUUUAUGUCCUGAAAAGCUGUGAGAAACUACCAAAAUGUUCAUAGAAAUGUUUUUCUUUUCUCCAAAUCUUGCUUUGUGACGUGCGCCCUUCAGUUUUACCUUAAGUUAUUACCAUACUCUGCUGCAUACAUCCACACGAUUACCUUGUAUUUGUACUUUUAAAGUCGUUCUAUGAAGCCUUGCCACAGUGGGUAGUUUUUUCUCUUUUUUUUUUUUU